ACGGUCAGGCAAGGCCGUUAUCUGUCUCCUUUAAAACCGUCCUUGGAGAGAGCGUCUUGCGAUACCGGCCGGUUUUAGUUCUCCACACCAUAAUCACUACCUAGCUAUCCUAACUACCCCUUCUACGACCGUCACUCUGGCGCUCUCAACUUCUUCUCUGACCAUGAACCGCAUGCUCGAUCCUCCCCUGCGAAAUCCAUUUCAUGCGCCUCCCGUCAGCGAUCUCACUGCGAAAUCAAGAACUAUACCACUGCUCUCCCCCUCGGGCCCCGCAGGCGACUCUGUCAGUCCUAGUGACCCCAUGGACAUGAGCCCGUCUGCCUCGACCUCGACCUCGAUGGCUCCGCCGCUCCAGAACGGUGCUGAGGCCGAUGCUGCAAACUCCAAUGCCAAUCCCAACGUCAAUUCCAAUUCCAAUGCUAAUAAUGCGAAUGUGAAUACCAAUGCGAACCACACAAAUGGCGCAGCUAUGGACUCGGCACAGUCGCAAUCUGCCAGCUCGAACCCCCCAAUUGGUGCUGCAGCUGCCGGACAGCAACCCAAGGUCGUCCAGACGGCUUUUAUCCAUAAACUAUACAGGUUUGAGCCCACCCCUCCCCUUUUCAUGAUGUGACAC